AUGGGAAUGCUAACUAUAGGUCGUUUUCUCAGCCGGCCUUAUCCACACAACCGUGACGGCCCUACGAUUUUCUCGUUCGAACAGAGACUCAUGAUGGAGGAAGGUAGUGGAUCCUCCGAAUUCAGAAAGACAGAGUCGCUAGUUAGCGGUGACUCUCCUACCCUUCAGGCCGCGAUGGCUGAAGAGCUAUCCGACGCGGACGAAGCUCCAGGAACCCCCGAUACCUUCUACUCACCGCCAGCUUCACCUGGUCGACUUUCGCGCAACCCCUCCUUCUCCUAUCAUGAUGACUGGGAGACGUUUCCGGCGCUGGACCAGCUCAGUGUCUUCGAUUUGCUUGACAAUUUCUCUCUAUCCCAGAGGCUGGAGAAACUGCAGCAAGCUUUGAAUGCACAGAAGGCGAAGGUUCAGAAGCAGCGCGAGAAACUCAAGUCAUCCUCUCUGAACGCUAAGGAACGCGUCGUGGGCGAAUGGAAAAGAAGGGUUCCGACGGCCGAUGAGCGGCUUGACAAAUAUCGUCGGCGCAUGAAGAAUGGUGUGGAGAGACUGGGCAAGCAAUGGAACGCAACCGCAACUGUGACCCUUCGCGAAAAGAUCUCCUUCAUAGCCGGUGUCCUCAAUAUCUUCAUCAGUGGCUAUCUUCUCGGGGGAUGGCCGGAGUGGUUCUACAUCUGGUUCAGCGCACAGUUGGCCUAUUUCAUGCCUAUUCGAUACUAUGGUUACCACAAGCGAGGCUACCACUACUUCCUCGCCGAUUUGUGCUACUUUGUCAACAUGCUCUGCAUGCUGAGCAUCUGGGUCUUCCCCGGCUCAAAGCGACUGUUUAUCAGCACCUUCUGUCUGACAUUUGGCAAUAAUGCGGUUGCUAUUGCCAUGUGGCGGAACUCUAUGGUAUUCCACAGUAUGGACAAGGUAGUCAGUCUGUUCAUCCAUAUAAUGCCACCAGUGACUCUGCAUUGUCUGGUCCACUUGACAUCUGCCGCUACUUUGAAAGCAAGAUUCCCGGCUAUCUAUGCCAUCAAGUUCAGCGAGCCCGGAUCUCCAGACCAUUUCACACUCCUCGAAAUGAUGGGAUGGGCAACUGUACCAUACAUGAUCUGGCAAGCUGCCUAUCACUGCUUUAUCACAGUCCGACGCGCGGAGAAGAUUGCUGCCGGGCGCCCGACCAGCUUUACCUGGCUCCGCAAGUCCUAUGCAAAGACCUGGUUAGGCAAAUUCGUCCUGAGCCUCCCUGAAUCACUGCAAGCCCCCGCUUUCAUGCUGAUUCAAUAUUUCUACGCGAUUCUAACGAUGAUCCCGUGCCCUCUUUGGUUUUGGUCUCGGUGGGCCAGUGGAGCUUUCCUCACCGCCCUCUUCAUUCUUAGUGUGCACAACGGUGCCACAUAUUACAUUGACAUCUUUGGCAAGCGCUUCCAGAAAGAGCUGGAGGAACUCAAGAAAGAUGUAGCUCGGUGGCAUUCGUCUCCCGAGGGAGCAAUCAGCCCAAUGCUGCUACCGUCUGAUCAGGGCGCAUCUUCUGCCGAUAAGGCCCACGUCGAGUCGACUACCACCGGAAGUGCUGAGCCCAACAAGGCUAGCAUUGAUGCAAUCCCUCUUCUGGAUGCCCCUGCGGCUUCUACUGGCGUUGAGAGCGCUGCAGUUCCCAGCACCGACUCCACCGUGCGGGAACGAUCGUGA